AUGGCGGAUAAAAAGAUCAAACUAAAUAUCACACAGAUGAUUCAGAACUCAACUAAAAUUGAAAAAUUACUCACAAAUUCAAAAAAAUGCGCUACUGAUAAACGAACAAGAGGUUUUUUGGAUUCACGGAUGGAGAUUUUACAAGAUUAUUGGUCUAGUUAUUCCAAGUCUUUUGAGACUCUUUCUGUAUCGAUAGAUGCUGAAACGUUACAAACAGACUACAAUCUUGUCUUAGAGGAAAACUUUGAACGCACUGAAGAAUAUUACCUGGAGCUAAUGACAUGGCUUAAAGAUAAAUUGUAUGAGCUAAAAGAGGAGAAAUAUGAAGGUUUAAACUCUGAGACUUCGUUGGAAGUUUCAAAGAUGAGACCAAAACUUCCACCAAUCUCCAUACCACAAUUUUCUGGCGAUUACAGUCAGUGGAUGAGUUUUAGAGAUUUGUUUCGCUCUCUAAUACAUAAUGAUGAUCGUUUGACUAAAAUUGAGAAACAUCAUUAUCUGAAGUCAAGUUUAUCUGGAGAAGCUGAACAACUACUAAAAAAUUACUCACUAACGGAAGCUAACUAUGAUGACGCCUGGAAAAAAUUAAAUGAGAGAUAUGAAAAUAAGAGAAUGAUAGUCAACAAUAUCCUCAGUCGUUUCUUAAGUCAAAAGGCAUUGACAACUGAAUCUGCAAAGGGUAUAAAAGAUCUUCUAGACACCUCUAGCCAAUGUCUCACUUCCUUAACAAAUUUGAAGGUCGAUUCCUGGAAUUCUAUAGUCGUGCACAUCCUUGUCUCAAAGUUGGACAUUGAAUCUCACAAACUUUGGGAACAAUCAUUAGAAAAUUCCACAAGCAUUCCUACCUAUGAGGACCUUAUAAGUUUUCUAGAGAAACGUUUCCGAACUAUGGAAAUGGUCAACAUUUCACAACCUCCACAACGACAUACUCCAAAAACUGUUCAACAAUCACCGAGAGCAACAACUGCCAAAAGUUUUGCUACUGAAGUUGAAAACACUUGUACUUUUUGCUCACAGAACCACUAUAUUUGCCACUGCAAAGGUUUUGCCUCACUCCCCGUUCCUGAACGUCAAGAUUUUGUUAAGAAAAACAACAUAUGCUUUAACUGCCUCGUGAAAGGUCACUCAGUAUUCAACUGUAGACAAAGCACAGUCUGCAAAAAGUGUGGUCGUCGUCAUCAUACGUUAAUUCACUUCACCUCUCCUAAGGAUGACAACGCUGGUGAUACUGCUAAAGAGAGAGAUAGCCCAAAAGGAAAUGGCACUGCUGGACCCAAGACUUCUUGCAACGUCAGUGUGAACCUGAAAGCUGAAACAAAUGAUGAUCUGGUUAUUUUAGCUACUGCUGUAGUUUAUGUAGAUUCAAAGAACAGUGGUACUUACGCAUUGAGAGCUCUUGUUGAUCAGGGUUCACAGGGUUCUUUCAUUUCCGAAGGAGCUGCGCAGUUGUUAAAGCUUAAUCGUAUUCCAGUUAAUGGCAAAAUCUCUGGAAUAUCUAAUUCAUCGGUGGUAACUACAAAGUCCAUGGUCUCACUUACAGUCCACUCCACAAAAGAUAAUGCAUCCACUUUCAAAGUCAAUGCAUAUGUUUUAAGAAAACUCACAUCAUUGUUGCCUUCACGAGAAUUUCCACAAGAUACCUGGCCUUUAUCUAUGCAGUUGGAUCUGGCUGAUCCAAACUUUCACAAGCCAGGGUCUAUUGAUAUCUUGCUCGGUGCUGACGUGCAUGCUUACAUACUUCUGGAAGGCUUACACAAGUCAAAUUCUCUUAUUGCACUCAACUCUCGCCUUGGUUGGUUAAUAUCAGGCAGAGUUUCACAAACUGAUUCAGUAGCGUAUGAACACAAUAUGGUCGUUAUGCAAACGAAGGUUGAGACAGAUCAGUUACUCAGACGAUUCUGGGAGAUAGAAGAGAAUUUACCACACAAGAAACCAAUGACCGAUUUAGAAAUACAAUGUGAAGAACACUUCAAAAACACUCACACUCGCAAUGACGUCGGUCGUUACAUAGUACGCUUACCAUUCAAAGAAGAUCCACCCACAAACCUUGGUGAUGCUAAACCUCUUGCUAUCAGCCGCUUACAACAGAUGGAGAAACGUUUUACACGCAAGCCUGAAUUCAAGGAAGAAUAUCACACAUUUUUGAAGCAGUAUGAAUCACAAGGUCAUAUGAUGAUGGUACCUGAAAAGGAAACAGAAACACAGAAAGUAUAUUACUUACCUCAUCACGCUGUUCUUAGGUCGACGAGUCUAAGCACGAAGCUACGUGUAGUUUUCGACGGAAGUGCUGCACCUGAAAAAGGAAAAUCAUUAAACGAUGAACUUCUAAUUGGUUGUUCUCUUCAACAAGAUAUUAGAGAUUUAAUAACUAGAUGGAGACAACACAAAUUUUGCUUAGUUGCAGAUAUUCGUCAGAUGUAUCGUCGGAUUCUCGUAAAUAAUGAUGACGUUGACUACCAGAGAAUCGUAUGGCGAGAAUCUCCAACACAACCUAUAAAAGAAUAUAGACUACUUACCGUUACGUAUGGUACAUCUUGUGCUCCAUUUUUAGCCAUUCGUACACUUCAUCAACUGGCUGAAGAUGAAAAGAAUGAUUUCCCCACUGAAGCUGAAAUCCUGAAAAACGACGUAUACAUGGAUGAUUUGAUGACGGGCGCAUCCACAGUAGGACAAGUUGUGAAGUUACAAAAGGGCCUGACGGAGCUUUUGGCUCGUGGCGGAUUCCCUUUACAUAAGUGGUCAUCAAACAGUAAAGUGGUGCUAUCACAAAUCCCAAAUGUUGACAAAGACUCUGAAAGUGCCAUAAAUAUUAAAGUUGAAGAUACGAUCAAAACAUUAGGUAUUACUUGGAACUCUGACGCAGAUAAUUUUGAACUUAAUGUAAAUUUAAAUUAUUGUUCUACUAAUUCAAUUACCAAAAGAUAUGUAUUGUCCACAAUUGCAAAAUCUUUCGAUCCACUAGGUUGGCUAACACCUGCAAUUAUCAUACUUAAAAUAUUCAUGCAAAAGCUGUGGUUAGCUGGCUUAGACUGGGAUGAAGAAUUACCUACUGAUCUUAAAGUAGAAUGGAAUACUUACCUCGAUCGUUUCACGCAUACUGAAAACAUUCAGUUCCCACGAUGGUUUGGAGUUUCAGAUGACACCACUAAGCGGGAGCUGCAUGGAUUUAGCGAUGCUUCGUGUACUGCUUAUGCUGCAGUAGUGUACCUUAGAGUUUUAGGGAAUGAGGGUGAAGUAAAAGUUUACCUUGUUAUUGCAAAAUCUAAAGUUGCCCCAGUAAAACAAAUUUCUGUUCCACGUCUUGAACUCUGUGGUGCAGUGCUAUUGGCAAAAUUGAUCCAACAUGUUAAAACUAUUUUAAAUAUACCCGACGAUGAUGUAUUCACCUGGACGGACUCUACCAUCGUUUUGGCAUGGCUGCGUAAGACACCAAACACAUGGACUACAUUUGUUGCGAAUCGUACAUCAGAAAUUUUAACUCUCACUAAUAGUAAUCAAUGGCACCAUGUUUGUUCUGCGAACAAUCCCGCUGAUUUAGCAUCGCGUGGAACCUUCCCAAAUGAUCUGCAGCAGUCAAAUCUAUGGUGGAGUGGUCCUCAAUUUUUACAUGACACGGAUGGAUUUGAACUUUCCCCCGUUGAUAUUCCCUCGACAGAUUUAGAAAUGAAAGCUACUACCAAAAUAUUGUGUAAUGUUAAUUUUAUCGAAAAGGAUGAUGCAAUUUCUUAUCUAAAACGAUUCUCAACGCUGUCAAAAUUAAUUCGGGUUACUGCCUAUUGUUGUCGUUAUUUUAAUCUACUCAAAGUUAAGAUUACUAAGAAUCCAGUUACUAAAGCUAUUUAUUUGAGUGCUGAUGAACUUGAUGAUGCUCUUAAUCGUUGCAUUAAAUUGUCACAAUCCAUUUCGUUUCGAGAUGAGAUCUCUCACUUGUCAUCAGAGAAACAAGUUCCGAAAUCGAGCAAAAUAUAUGUACUUCAUCCAUUUAUUGACGACGAUGGUAUUGUUCGGGUUGGUGGUCGACUUGCUAAUGCAGAAAUUUCAAAGGAUAUGAAAAAUCCUAUUAUUUUAAGUGGUAAUUGUUUUCUAUCUAAACUUAUCGUUUCAAACGCACAUUUGAAAUCUCUGCAUGGAGGUCACCAAUUAACUUUAAAUGUCAUACGACAAAAAUUUUGGAUUCUACGAGUAAAGAAUUUGGUUAAAUCGACAAUCCAAAAAUGUAUACCUUGUUACAAGCAAAAGGCUACUCCCAAUGUUCCAUUUAUGGCAAACUUACCUAAAUUUCGUGUUAAACCUAGUCGCCCUUUUCUAACAAGUGGAGUAGACUUUUGUGGACCUUUUACAAUGAAACUGUAUCCUGGUAGAUGCAAAAGAACCUGUAAAUCUUAUGUUUGUUUAUUUGUGUGUACCGUAACAAAAGCCAUUCAUCUAGAGUUGGUAACGGACCUUACUUCUGCUGCUUUUAUUGCUGCAUUUCGGCGUUUUACUGCUCGACGUGGUCACUGUAAAGAGAUUUGGAGUGAUCAUGGAACGAACUUUGUAGGCGCGUCCCGUGAACUUGAUCUGGCGUUCAAGGAUUCACAAUCUCUGACGGUUACUGAAGUUUCUGAACUUCUUGCUAAUGAUCGCACACAAUGGAAGUUUAUACCACCUCGUGCCCCACAUUUUGGAGGUAUUUGGGAGUCCGGAGUGAAAAGUAUUAAAGGGCAUUUAAAACGGGUUAUAGGCCAAACUUUUCUCACAUACGAGGAGCUAACUACUCUCUUAUCUCAAGUUGAGGCUUGUGUCAAUUCUCGUCCACUCACACUUAUGAAUUCCACUCUUGACGAACCUCCUUUGACACCUGGUCACUUUCUCAUCGGAGAACCCUUAAUCGGUGUUCCUGAGCCGUCUCUUCUCGAUGUUAAACUCAGUCCGUUAAAUCGAUGGCAUAUAAUUCAACGAAUGGUGCAAAGCUUAUGGAGUCGUUGGCGAAAUGAAUAUCUCACGACCCUGCAACAUCGUUACAAAUGGAACACUAACCAAACUGAUCUCCCUAUUGGAACUGUUGUUUUAGUCAAAGAUGACAUGCUCCCACCAGGAAAAUGGCUUUUGGGACGUAUUAUUCAGAAACACCCAGGAACAGAUGGCAUAACAAGAGUUGUUACAUUAAAAUAUAAGGAUAGUGUUUUUAAGAGACCAAUCGCAAAAUUGUGCCCUCUGCCUCUGGAUGAGCCUGACUCCCUGUAA